CACCAAUGGCCUGUAGAUGGAACUCUGUUUAUAUGAAGUGUGGACUGUAAGAUUAAAGUCAUUCAAAUGUAUUACUUAAAUUAGUUUUUAAGGCAUAUGAUUCAUCAUCAGUUUACCUUUCUGCACCUUUCUCACCAUUAUAAAGCAACACCAAAGAAUAUUCUGACACUUUAUGACUCACAAGCAAUAAAUCUGUCUUUGGCAUUAUAUUUUUAACCUCAAAAGGAAGGCAGCAGUAGGAGGAAAACUUUAACGGUUCAUGACACAUCAUGCACUUUCAUAGAAGCACAGGGACUGAACGCUUGAAGAAUAUAUAUCCACAAAGAUGAUUUUAAAUUGGACAAAGACGCUUAUAUUUCUCAUCUUCUUUGAAAAUGUAAAAGGGUGGAAUUCUUAUUCAGAUAACGCCACUGUGGUGAGCAUUAUUAAACUUCAGGCGUUGGACAUGUGGAGACUAGAGAUAGUGUGGAGUAUGAAUCAGAGUGGAAUACAGAGAAAUCAGAUGUAUGAAAUACAAGUUGGACGCACCAAAAACAUGGAUAUUAUCGACAAAAUAAAUGUAAGCAGGGUUUCACUGGAAGCCGAGUUUUCAGUUCACACAUUGGUUUGGACAUCACAACUACCGCUGAACUGUGUAGAUCAUUUGGUUAGAAUAAGACACAUCUCUAAUCCUUUAUUAUACAGCUCUUGGAGUUCAUGGAAAACCAACUAUGGGGAUGUGAACUUGGCUCACGAUAAAAUCAAGAUGUACCCAAAUAACCAGGUGCUAAAAGAGGGCUCUACAGUGUUCUUCUGCUGUGUUUAUUCCAAAGACGUCCAUGUCACCUCGAUGUUCUUUGGCAACACAGCUUACAAAGUCAUCAACAUAAGCCCGCAAGUCAAAGCCAUUCGAGUGGAAAACAUCAAAGCCACAAAAUUGCCUGGUGUAAAUUUCUACUGUGAUGAGAACAGUGACGUUGCUUUAAACUUUGUCACCUUCCCUCCAGAAAAACCCCAGGACUUUAGAUGUGAGACCAAAGACAUGAGAUACGUCUCUUGCUCCUGGAAAUCAGGCAGAGCUUCUAACUUAGUUGGCAGACAUGAAAGGAAGUACACAUUACUCAUCAGGGACUCCGAGUCUGUCAGUUGUAGUCUGGAUAGAAAAACCUGUGGUUUUCGAGUUAACCCAGAGCAGACCAAUUACAACAUCACCUUGUGUGUGACCAAUAGUUUGGGGGAAGCGAAAGAGAGCUACAUAUUCAAUAUCAUAGACAGAGUUUUCCCAGUUUCGGAGCAUAUUGAAGUGACUGCCGGUGUGCUGGAAGCUGUGGUGGUUCUACAGUUGAAUGGGAGUUUCACAGGACUUCCAUUAAUUUGUCAGACUGAACUGGAUCCGGGAGGAACAAUACAGGAGUUACAAAAGAAGGGUGCUGACUCAGUGCAACAUUACACAUUCAAACUGCAGCAACUGCAGCCCAGCACACAAUACUCCAUUAGGGGGCGCUGUGCUGUUCAAGGAAAUGACUGGGGCCGAUGGACACUACUAAGGCCAUUUGUUACAGAGCCUUUGGUGACACUGGAUCUGUGGAGACGAAUCAGUGAAUCAGUGCAUCCCAAUCGCACUGUCACACUUCUGUGGAACACUGUCAACACUGAUUCAGAGUCAAAUAUCGAAGUCUAUGAGGUGUGUAUGAGCCACAGAGAUCCACCGAAGAGUGUGUGCACGAACUUCACACAUUCACCGGUGGAUUUAACCAUUGAUGUCCAUAUGUGUGACAUCACCGUGAAGGCUGUCACUCAAAUGGGCUUAUCUGUACCAUCGCACAUCACUAUACCGUCAGCAUAUACAGGGGGCAUGAUGAAGGAGAAGAGGAUUAUGGGUAAUGCAAAGGAAUUCCAGCUUUUGUGGUCAGAGGACUCUGCCACCACGUGCGACUACAUUAUUGAAUGGUGCAUGUUGGGUAGUGCGCUCCCCUGCACCUUAAAGUGGAAAAGUGUCCCUGCUAAUCAGACAUCCUUAUCCCUCAAAGCAGGAGAUUUCAAAACGGGUGUUAGAUACACUUUCAUUAUCUACGGAUGUACCAUUGAGGGACACAGACCUCAUGAGAAACAGAUUGGAUAUUUGGAAGAACAAAAACCCACCCAGUUGCCUACACUGGACCUUAAUCCAAGUGUAACUUGUUCUUCUAUAAACCUGAAAUGGAGUUUCAAUGAAGAUGACCUGAAUAACACUGGAUUCAUCACAGGAUAUAUGAUUACGGUACAGAGAGAUUCAGACAGCGUCUCCGCUCUUAGUUCCUAUAGACAGUCAAUAGACGACCCUCAUAUCAAGUCUUUUACAUUCAGUGAUCUACAGGAGGACCAGCCAUAUACAUUUCGCCUGGCAGUUUGUACAUCUGUGGGCUGUGGACUGGAGACCAUCGGAACCUUCAGAACCGGAAAAAACUCUUAUCUGCUAAUGGCCAGGAUUUUCAUUCCCCUCAUGGUAUUGGUCGGUUGUUGCUUUUGUCUGUGUGCUUAUAGAAAAAUCAUCAUUCCUGAGGAAGCAAUCGGUUUUCUGCACAUAAAAGCGCUGGACCUGGAUGAGGAUCUUUAUGAAGCAAGUGAAAAAAUCCACACACUGAGGAUAGAGGAGUGUAACUGGUGUGAUGUCGAGAUUUCAGACAUGCGGACCACCAUGGCAGGGAAAACCUGGCUGACGAGUGUAGAGGAUCCAAGUUGUUCAUUCAUUAGCCCUAAAGUCACAAUUCCCUCAUCCCUGAUGGUACCCUACCAGCUUACCGCAAACAUGUGGGAUGGGCAGGUGUAUGGGACAGCCACAAGUCUCACCAACUUCACUUACGUGUCCGCUGUGCAACAGGAUUUGCCUGCUGAAAUGUUUAAGACCCCCGAUAAAGAGGGAACAAAGAAAGUGCCAGAAAACCCUAGGUGUAUGAGUGACUAUGACCUCAGUAGUCAUCUGAGUGCUCAAAACUCAAUUUUGCCUCAGUAAACACACUCAGAGCAGUGUUGAAAAUCAAGUGGUGUGAUCUUAUUGCAAAGAUGUUCAGUGAGAUCACAACAUCCUCAUGUCACUUAAAGGCACAGCAUGUUUCUAAGGGGCCCCAUGCUUUCCGGCCACUCUCUUCCUUCUGCAAAGCAGGCUUUAAAGACAAGAAGUGUUGCAAAAUGUGAUAUUGCGAUAUUUGAGACGUGAGAUUUUGCCAUUUCUGUCAGAUUCUAUAUCUUUGUUUUUUCCAUUGUUUUUAUAAGCUAGACCUGUCUGGUCACUAAAAAAGUUCUCUCUUUGUAGGUAAAAAAACCCCC